CAUAUCCACAAAGACACAAACAAUUUUCACAUUGUUGAGAACACAAAGAAACAAAGAGAAAAAAAUAAAUGGUUGUGAAGACAUGUUUAAGGGGAUAGAAGAUAGUAGAGUGAAGGAAAGAGGAGGAUGAAUUUGUCAUGCAGUCCAUGGCCACUCGCUUUACUACCCAUUCUUCUUCUUCUUUCACCUCUUCUUACAUUCACAAUUGUAAGGUUAAGCAUUCAACAAAUCCUGCUGUUCUGCUUUCUUCUUUUAGUGACAGAAAACCCCCUUACAACACCCUUGUAUUCCAGGCUGUUAGGCUUUUGGGUCCUCCAGCAAGAUUUGAAGCUUCAAAGCUGGAAGUCUAUUUAAAAGGAGAAGAAGUUGAUAAAUACUCUAGUAUCGUGCCAAGGACGUACACACUAUCCCAUUGUGAUUUUACUGCUAAUUUGACAUUAACCAUCUCAAACAAUAUCCAAUACGAUCAGUUGAAAGGGUGGUAUAAUAAGGAUGAUGUGGUUGCUGAAUGGACAGAAGUGAAAGGCAACUUGUUUCUUGAUGUCCACUGUUGUGUGAGUGGACCGAAUCCCCUACAGGAGCUAGCUGCCGAGUUCAGAUACCAUAUCUUCUCCAAGGAAUUGCCAUUGGUACUUGAGGCUGUGCUCUAUGGGGAUUCAGAUUUUUACAAGGAGCAUGAAGAACUAAUGAAUGCUAUUGUUAGAGUCUAUUUCCAUUCUAGUUCGAAGAAGUACAAUCGUGUUGAAUGUUGGGGUCCUCUAAAAGAUGCUGCUAAGGGAAAACAAGGGGACUACAUCAAUAGUUUGCUCUCGACAAGCAAGGGAGAUUUUCACCCUCCGAAAAUCCAGGGAAGUGCAAAAUCAAUCUUCCAAGCUCUUUUCACCUUCCUUCUCUAAGCUGAUACACUAAGGUGAGAGAGUUCAUGGAUUAUGGAUGUUUCGAUUUGGGCUGCCUAAUAAUUCUACUUUUUGCGGUUCAAAGGAUCUCUCUAGAAACACAUUGUAGAGUCAGUCAUGGGAUCCUACAUUUCGAUGAUUUGUAAAGACGGGAAUUGUUUGCAAGGUCAUUAGAUUCUUUUGUAUGUAUGUAAUUGCAUUCUUGCGAAUGAGCUCUUGACUGAAAAUUCUUGUAAAAACCAAAGACUAUUUUCCCUUUCACAUGAUCAAUCGGUAAUUGUUCCA